CUAAAAAAACCCCUAAUUUUCGUUUUCAUCUUCUUAGAGGAGAAGACGGAGAGAUGAAUCAUACUCUUCUACUCCCUUCUCCUUCUUCUUCUAGUCCCUCUCGUUCCUUGCUCCUAUCUCCGUCUCAGUUCAUAAACCCUAUUCUUUUCACAAAAAACCCUAGAAAUUCUUUAACCAGACGACACCGACAUCGAAUCUCUGUUACUCGAAGUUCUGCUGAAGAUGCAACACAACAAAGAACUCCAGUGAAUUCUGAGAUCUUCGGGGGUAAGAAGGAGCUCACAGGAAUCCAAUUACUUGCUGGAGGGUUGCCACCUCCGGUUAGGUUAGCGAGUUCGGUUAUCAUCGUUGCAGGUGCUCUUGCUGCUGGGUAUGGUCUUGGUUAUCGGAUUGGAGGGUCUCGAAAUACGGGAUUGGGUGGUGCUGUUGCUCUUGGUGCGGCUGGUGGUGCUGCGGUCUAUGCGUUGAAUUCUUGCUUACCGGAGGUUGCGGCCGUGAAUUUGCAUAAUUUCGUGUUGAGUUCUGAUGACCCAGGGGCUUUGGAAAGGGAAGAUGUUGAAGGGAUAGCCAAAAAAUAUGGGGUUAGCAAACAAGAUGAGGCCUUCAAUGCAGAGCUUUGUGAGUUGUAUAGCCGGUUUGUAUCUUCUGUUCUUCCACCUGGAAGUGAGAAUCUUGAAGGCAAUGAAGUAGAAACCAUUAUGAAAUUUAAGAACGCUCUUGGCAUUGAUGACCCAGAUGCAGCUGCUGUGCACAUGGAGAUUGGGAGGCGCAUCUUCAGGCAAAGGCUGGAAACUGGUGAUCGUGAUGAUGAUAUAGAGCAGCGUCGGGCAUUUCAGAAGCUAAUUUAUGUUUCAACACUUGUGUUUGGGGAAGCAUCAACAUUCCUUUUGCCUUGGAAGCGUGUUUUCAAGGUUACUGAUUCUCAGGUUGAAGUUGCUGUCCGGGACAGUGCCCUGAGACUCUAUGCAUUGAAGCUAAACUCAGUUGGCAGAGAUAUUGAUGACCAUCAGCUUGUUAGCCUGAGGGAAGCACACCGUCAAUAUCGACUUUCGGAGGAGCUUGCUGCUGACAUGUUCCGGGAACAUACAAGAAAACUGGUUGAGGAGAACAUUUCAAAGGCACUUGAUAUCUUGAAGUCCAGGACAAGAGCAGUCAGGGGAACAACAGAGGUGGUGGAAGUGCUGGAUGAAGUUUUGGCAUUUAAUAAUUUGCUUAUGUCAUUAAACAAACAUCCUGACGCUGAACGCUUUGCUCCUGGGGUUGGACCUGUUUCUUUAAUAGGUGGUGAGUACGACGGUGACAGAAAGAUGGAUGACUUGAAGCUCCUCUAUAGAGCUUAUGUGGUAGAAUCUUUGUCAAGCGGUCGCUUGGAAGAAAAUAAGCUUGUGUCUUUGAACCAUUUGAAGAACAUAUUUGGUCUAGGCAAACGUGAGGCUGAAGCGAUUAUGGUGGAAGUUACCUCAAAAAUCUAUCGUAGACGUCUUGCACAGUCUGUUUCUAGUGGUGAUUUAGAGGCUGCGGAUAGCAAAGCGGCCUUCCUUCAGAACCUCUGUGAUGAAUUGCACUUUGAUCCACAGAAGGCCAGUGAGAUCCAUAACGAAAUUUAUCGACAAAAACUUCAGCAAUCUGUUGCUGAUGGAGAAUUGAGUGAGGAGGAUGUUGCUAUGUUGUUGCGUUUACGAGUUAUGCUCUGCAUUCCUCAAUCGACUGUGGAAGCAGCACAUGCUGAUAUUUGUGGCAGCCUGUUUGAAAAGGUCGUGAGGGAUGCAGUUGCUUCAGGUGUUGAUGGAUAUGAUCCUGAUGUCAGAGCCUCUGUAAGGAAGGCUGCACAUGGCUUGCGCUUAACAAGGGAAGCUGCCAUGGCUAUUGCUAGCAAGGCGGUGCGCAAGAUUUUUAUGAACUACAUACAACGAUCACGAGCAGCUGGUAGCCGUACUGGGUCCGCUAAAGAGCUAAAGAAGAUGAUAGCAUUCAAUACCUUGGUUGUUACUGAAUUAAUUGCAGAUAUCAAGGGAGAACCCACUGAUACUGCAUCACAAGAGCCAGUUAAGGAGGAGGAGAAACAAGUAGAUGAAGAAGAGGAAUGGGAGUCCCUUCAGACUCUGAGGAAAACAAGACCCAGCAAGGAGCUUGAAGUAAAGCUAGGGAAGCCUGGUCAAACAGAGAUAACUCUGAAGGAUGACCUAUCAGAAAGGGAUAGGGUGGACCUUUACAAGACAUACUUGCUUUUCUGCAUCACUGGAGAGGUCACUAAUAUUCCAUUUGGGGCCCAAAUCACCACAAAGAAGGACAAUUCAGAGUAUCUGCUACUAAAUCAACUGGGUGGGAUACUAGGGUUGUCUGGUAAGGAGAUUGUGGAAGUUCAUAGGAGUCUUGCUGAGCAGGCUUUCAGGCAACAAGCAGAAGUAAUUUUAGCUGAUGGGCAGCUUACCAAGGCCAGGAUUGAGCAGCUUAAUGAAGUGCAGAAGCAGGUAGGUUUGCCAGCAGAGUAUGCACAAAAAGUUACCAAGAGUAUAACAACAACAAAGAUGGCGGCUGCAAUCGAAACUGCUAUCAGUCAGGGAAGACUCAAUAUAAAGCAAAUCCGGGAACUGAAGGAAGCUAAUGUGGAAUUGGACAAUAUGAUCUCGGAAAGCUUACGAGAGAACCUCUUUAAGAAAACUGUUGAUGAGAUUUUCUCAUCAGGUACUGGGGAGUUUGGUGAGGAGGAAGUAUAUGAGAAGAUUCCAAUAGAUCUUAGGAUAAAUGCUGAGAAGGCGAAAGGUGUUGUUCAUGAGCUUGCUCGGACAAGGCUGUCCAACUCAUUAAUUCAGGCUGUGGCACUCUUACGGCAGAGGAACCAUAAAGGAGCGGUUUCCUCUCUUAAUGACAUGUUAGCAUGUGACAAAGCUGUGCCUGCUGAGCCGCUGUCGUGGGAGGUGCCUGAGGAGCUUUCUGACCUUUUCACCAUCUAUAUGAAGAGUGAUCCAGCACCAGAGAAGCUCUCCCGUUUACAGUAUCUGCUGAGCAUUAGUGACUCAACAGCUGCUGCUCUACGAGAGAUGGGAGAUAGAGGACUUCCGUCCAUUGAGGCCGAAGAAGACUUUGUUUUACCUAAGAUUUGACAAUUUUCC